UUCAAGAAUAAGAAUACUAUUCCCACCCUGUGUCGCUCCACCUUUCAUUAUUUAGCUGCAAGCUAUUCUAGACCAAGAAGGCUUCGACAAUAAACGUAGAGAAUAUAUUGAUUAUGAACUUCAGUCGAGCAUGCUUCUCAGCUAUUGUUGUCCUUGCGACAGCAAAUGCAUUCCAGCAACGGUAAGAUUCGUUGCUUCGUUGCCCCGAGCAACACAUAUCAAAAGGUAUCGUUUCAAUUCCAGCGUAGCUCUGACAAAUCCGAAAAACUUUCACUUCGGUUUUCUCUUCAAAUUAAUGUUACUAUCGAUUCGAUGGGAACUAUUAAUCAACAACCACUGCUACAACAGACCCAGCAUCAACAAUAAGUUUGCUGCGACGACGUCUCAAUUGAGCGUUGCCUCCGUCAGUCAACCACCGUCGCUGGAAACGGAUGCUUUUGUGAACGAAAUAUCGGAACAGAACCCGCUGAAAGUUAUUAUUGCCGGUGGUGGUGUUGGUGGUUUGGCAUUGGCAAACACCCUUACUAAAAACCCGAACAUGGAGGUUACCGUGCUCGAGAGAACCGAUCAGUUCAAAAGAUUCGGUGGACCGAUUCAAUUGGCGAGUAACGCACUAAAAAUUCUUAACGAGAUGGACACGACAGUCUACGAUCAAAUCAUGGACAAGUUCACCUUCACCGGUGACAAGGAGAAUGGUAUCAAAGACGGAAUCCGAACUGAGUGGUAUGCAAAAUUCGAUCUUGCGAGUCCCGCCGAGGCCAGGGGCAUGCCGUACACCGGAGUUAUCGAGCGACCCGACCUGCAGGAAAUUUACCUUAACAAUCUGCCCAAGGGUACAGUUCGAAACGGAGACGGAAUCUCGACGUACACCACCGAUAGCGAAACUGGGAGGGUGACGUGCGAGAUGGAAUCGGGAGCAAAAAUCACUGGUGACGUGUUGAUCGGUGCGGAUGGGAUUUGGUCCGCGGUGCGAUCCAAGAUGCACGGAACGCCUGCCAAGGGGGACGAUUCCGGGGCUUCCUAUUCCGGCUACACAGUAUUUGCCGGUGAGCUGAACUACGAUUCUCCGGACAACGGAGAUGUUGGGUACAAGGUGUACAUCGGGCCGCAGCAAUACUUUGUGAUCACAGACAUUGGAAACGGCAGGUAUCAGUGGUACGCCUUUUUGGCCCGUGCACCCGGAUCCGUCAACGAUCCCAAGCCCGAGGGCUCUUCUAAGUACCUCCAGGACCUUUUCGAGGGCUGGUCGCCGGAGGUUCAUGCCAUCUUGAAAGUGACGCAAGAAGACGAGAUCGAACAGCGCGAUUUGUACGAUCGUCCUCCAAGCAUUUUCAAACCGUGGACGCAAGACCAUGUUGCUCUUCUUGGUGACGGAAUUCAUGCUAUGAUGCCCAACCUCGGCCAGGGAGGUUGCCAGGCCAUCGAGGACGCCUUCGUUAUCGCCCAGGAACUCGACGGUGCCAAGACGAGAAGCGAGGUCACGGGCAAGCUCGAGAGCUAUGCGAGACGCCGACAGAUCCGAUCCGCAGCAGUCCAGGGUCUGUCCCGCUUUGCGUCCGACAUUAUCAUCCGCGGAUUCGACACACCCGCCAAGAUCACGUGGGAAGACGGAAAACCCAAGUUCGAGAACUGCAACUACGCCGGAAUUGUAACCAGAAUGCUGCAGCCCAUCCUCCCCAUCUUUUUCAAGGUUCAGUUCAACUUUUUGUACGAUGGAUGGAAGAACGAGUUCGGAAUCGAUGUCGUGGCCGCCCUCUCAUUCUUGACCAUUGGGGGGAUCAUGCUUCUACUCAGCGCGGGUGUUGUUGGAGAAGCCGGAAUCGCUGCUUCUGUCGGCCUCGAGGCCUUCAUCGGUGCCGAGGGUGUACUUGACUUCGAAGCCAUCAAUACCUUUUUGCGAGAGCUUGUUAGCAUGCAAUAACCAAUAAACUAACAAAAGCAAA